AUAUGGGACUUUCUCCUUCCUACCAAACAUAGCCUUAACAUUUCAUUAUAAAAUUGAAAUGAAAUAGUGAAGUGUCAUACUAGCUUAAACAGAGAAAAUGGUGAUAAUAAAGGAAAAAGAGAGGAGUAUGGUGAAGCCAUCGGAGAAAACUCCGCAUCGGCGGCUUUGGCUGUCGAUGUUGGACUUGAUGGAGAACCCAAUUCAUAAUCCAGUGGUCUAUUUCUUCAGAUCAUCAAAUAAUAAUAAUAAUAAUAAUAAGAACAAUUUUUUUGAUGCUAAUAUUCUCAAACAAAGCCUUAGUAGGGUUCUUGUCCCCUUUUAUCCCAUUGCCGGCCGCUUUGGAGUGGACCAUAGUGGCCGGACUGAGAUUGAUUGCAAUGAAGAAGGUGUCCUCUUUGUCACGGCGGAGACCACCGCUGUCAUCGAUGACUUCGGAGAUUUUGCUCCUACGCCAAUACUUCGGAGUCUCACUCCAACGGUGGAUUAUUCUCUUGGAAUCUCUUCUUAUCCAUUUCUUCUAGUUCAGGUAACUUAUUUCAAGUGUGGUGGAGUAUCAGUGGGCAUUGCUAUUCACCAUUUUAUAGUAGAUGGAAUUUCAGCUUUUCACUUUAUUGAAUCAUGGUCUAGAAUUGCUCGUGGUCUUGAAAUUACCAUCCCACCAUUUUUAGAUCGAACACUACUUAAACCUGAUCAUGAUCAAAACCCAAUAUUGGAUCAGUCAUGUAAGCCAGCUGAUCAUAAUAAUAAUAAUCUUGAUGGUCAACAACAAAACAUUAAUACUAGCAAAAAUAAUGAGACAAAAGUUGCCAUUUUUAAUAUCAACAAGGAGCAAUUAAACACCUUAAAAGCCAAAGCCAAAGAAGACAAUAACAAUACUAAUAAUUUCAGCUCAUUUGAGAGCUUAGCAUCACAUAUUUGGAGAUGUAUUUGCCAAGCACGUGAGCAGUCCGAUGAUGAAGAGUCAACUCUAUACUUUCCAGUGAAUGGAAGAUUCUCCAACAGAUUGACACCCCAACUUCCACUUGGUUAUUUUGGUAAUGUGAUUUUUGCAGCUACACCAAUGAUUAAGGUAGGUGAUCUCAAAACAAAAUCACUAUCUUAUGUUGUGAGUUAUGUUCAUAGAGAAUUGGAAAAAAUGGACAAUGAUUACUUAAGAUCAAAUAUUGAGUGUUUGGAGCUUCAACAAGCUAAUGUGUCCUCUAUUAGGCGUAAGACAAACACUUAUGUGUGCCCAAAUCUUGGGAUUACAAGUUGGGUUAGGUUGAUUAACUAUGAUGAAGUUGAUUUUGGAUGGGGUAGGGCUAUUUAUAUUGGACCUGGUGGGUUUAUGUACGAGGGAAAAUCAUAUGUUAUACCUUGUCCAAAUAAUGAUGGGAGUUUAUUAGUGGGCAUAGCUCUCCAACCACAACACAUGAAAACCUUUGAGAAGUUGUUUUACCAAAUAUGAAAUCUAUGAUCAUGAUCCAGCAAGUGUGUGUGUGUGUGAAUUAUAUUACUUCGUUAUGUUGUAAUUUAAUUAAUAAUUUGGUACUGUACGUCUACUCUUAUCUUUUGUAAGACUUAUAUUUUAUUUUUUAGUAUUUUCGUCAUAUAUAACAUGUUCAAUUCUAAUA